UGCCAGAGAAAUCCUCCCACUGUGCUGUUGGAUUCUUUUUAUGCCGUGGCCAAAAGGAUUAUGUUUUCAGUUCUUGACUGGGAGGUAGAGACGGGUCUGCGGUAUGUAGACGAGGCUCCACCAGAGGAGCACUGCCACUGCUACAAGAGACUGAUCCCGGACCUCCACAAUGACCUGAAGAACAAACAUGCUGCUGAGUACACCGACCUCCUCAUAGGACGGGCUCAGCUCGAUCGAGUACCCAGCACGGCACACCAGCAAUUUCUGCAGCGGCUCCAUGAAAAGCUGCGCCACACCAACAUUUAUGAGCGUAGCGUUGGAUGGGGACAAAAAGGCCUGAACUCCAAACAUCGCUCACACCAGUUCUACACCGAGCGUGUCUCCUCCCACUUUCAAAGGACUGUUAUCAGCUCCCUAAACAAAGUGAUGAAGGUCCCCAAAACUCGAGGCCCCUUUGACACAGUGAGGAGAGAAGCUGUCAGAGUGCAGAUACGAGAGGAGAUACGGCGUCACAUUAACUAUGGACUCCAUCUGGGCACAUGCAGUACUUUGAGGCAGGCUUUCCUAGCUGAUGUGAAGAAAUCAGUGGAGCAGUCAAAAACCAGAACGAUCCUCCUGGUGGGACCACCAGGCUGGGGAAAGAGCUCCACCAUGGCUGCAGUCGCACAGUUAGCACCCUCUUGGCUUCAUGGAGCUGUGAAGGUAUUGGUGCACUUCAUCGGCUUUACUGGAGAGAGCAGGAAUAUUCGACUGGUCUUGCAGAGUCUUUGUGUCCAGCUUGCUGAAGCCUACUGUCCCCACACGCAGCUGUCAGAGGGCCUCCCUCAGCUGAUCAACGAGUUCCACUCUCUGUUGGGUCUGGUGGGUGCAGAGAGGCCCCUGAUGAUCCUUCUGGACGGUUUAAAUGAGCUGUCUGAGGAGCACGGUGCAGACCUCUCCUGGAUCUUAACCCCUCUACCUCCAAACGUCCACCUCAUCCUCUCUGCAACCACCGACUCCCCCUGCAUUCACACUUUGCAGUCAGCCCACCCCAUGGUCCUGUCCCUCCCUCCUCUCAGUCCUGAGGAUGUCACAGCAGCAUUGGAGACCAAGCUGCGGAUCGAUCGGCGGUGUCUUCGGGAGCAGCAGUGGCAGCUCUUACUCUGA